UAGUCGCAGUACUUUGAUCACGUGAUCAGUCAAAACCACUUGAGUGUCUAACGUUUUAUAAACAAUACCUACAGUUUAAUCCCAAAGUUAUAAAGUUCUGUAAUUAAUUUGGAUUUAAUAAAACAAUGGAAGAAUUGCAAAAAUUAACCUUAUUAGACUGUGUUGAAAAUGUUCAAUACGAGCUGAAAGUUACGCAGGAAAUUUUUAAUCGUGCAAAGACCGAUACGAUGUUUGCUACUCAACUUUUGGAGUAUUGUAUAAAUAAAGAAUGUUUUGUAUUUGAUCGUCCUAUGCCGACAUAUGCCCAAAGGUAUGAUUCGAAAGAAUUCGAAAAAGAAAAUGAAUUUCCGUCCGAAGCCGGCUCGUCAGGAGCUGCAACAUUUUCCGAUACAUCUUCGACAUCUUUUGAUACUUCUCAGACGAAGUCAACGGCUGGAAAAUCUUUUAACAAACCGAAGGCUACAAAGUUAUCGGGUAAAGAAAGAAAUAACAAAGAUGACAAUAAUAAAGGUGCAGAUGUCAAGAAUUGGAGCAAAAAUGAAGUUUUACUUCUUAUUGAGAUUUAUAAAGAAUACCAGCUUGAAUUUCUGGAUGCAAAUAUCACCAAUGGCGAUGUUUGGGUCAAAAUUGCGACAAUCAACGAAACCCUUAAUCAGCAGGGUUUGCCGCCUAUUCCUGCGGAAAAAUGUAAAACUAAAUGGGAGACGCUUAAACGUCGUUAUAAAAGUUUAAAAGAUAGCCAGAAAACAUCUGGGAAUGCACCGAUGACAUGGCCUUUCUACGAUGAAAUGGAAGAAGUAUUUGGCGAGCAGCCGUGGGUAAAACCUCUGUCUACUGCUGGAUCAAAUACUACCAACAAAAUGGAUCCUGACGUUAUCAGCCCACCACGAAAGCGUCAAAAAACUUUAACUAACUACUGUGAAGAAUUACUUGCAGCUAAAAAGGAAAAUAUAUGUAUAUUAAUAUUCUUUUUAAUAAAAAACUACUUACUUUUAUUAUAUUAUAAAUUCAAUUUACAUUUAAUAUUAAUUAAAAUAUUUUUAAUUUGAUAGUACUCCAACAACAGUUUUUUUUAAUGAACUAGAAAACUUUAAUACACUCAUUUGAAUACUGCGUCAAAAAAUGCGGCUGACAGUAUACGGGAUUGCGUUCCGUUUUAAAUAGUAACCAGUAUAACUAACUAUAAAGGAACGGCUUCACAGUAUACUAAAUUGACGUCACACUGUACAG